AUGGAGAGAAAACUGAGACGCGUGCUGAUUUUCCUUCUCAUCAUCCUGAAGGAACCCAACAUGCCAGAAGCUGACUGCGACUGUAAUCCACCAUCACUCUGCAAAGAAGACGAAGGCCUCACCAGCAUCCCUCAGAACCUCCCAACAUCCAUCUCUAAGUUAGAUUUAGGAUGUAACUGUAUUAAAACUGUAGAGCAGUCUGAGCUGUUACGGUAUAAGAAUUUGUGUAAGUUGUGCCUGGAAAGAAACUUGAUAACAAAGAUUGAAGCUGGCACAUUUGCAAAUCUAUCACGGCUAGAGUAUUUGUCAAUCAAGGCAAACAAGAUAGCAGAGAUUCAGUCUGGUUCAAUCACAAACCUACCCCAGCUACAACAUUUGGACCUGUUGAGCAACCAGAUAACUACCAUCCCUUUUGGUACAUUUGAAAAUCUGCCCCAGCUACAAAAGUUGAUCCUGUCCGACAACCAGAUAACUACCAUCAAUUCUGGUGCACUUUCAAAUCUACCCCAGCUACAACAUUUGGACCUGUGGCGCAACCAGAUAACUAUCAUCCCUUUUGGUACAUUUGGAACUCUUCCCAAACUACAAACGUUGACCCUGUCCCGUAACCAGAUAAAAACCAUCCCUUUUGGUACACUUUCAAAUCUUCCCCAGCUACAAAAGUUGAUCCUGUCCGAUAACCAGAUAACUACCAUCGAUUCUGGUGCAUUUGUAAAUCUGCCCCAGCUACAACAUUUGGACCUGUGGCGGAACCAGAUAACUACCAUCCCUUUUGGUACAUUUGGAACUCUGCCCCAACUACAAACGUUGACCCUGUCCCGUAACCAGAUAAAAACCAUCCCUUUUGGUACAUUUUCAAAUCUGUCCCAGAUAAAAAAGUUGUACCUGUCCAAAAACCAGAUAACCAUCAUCGAUUCUGCUGCAUUUGGAAAUCUGCCCCAGCUACAAGUGUUGAACCUGUACGAUAACCAGAUAAUUACGCUAACAAAUUUGGACCUGUACAACAACCAGAUAACUACCAUCCACACUGAUACACUGGCAAAUCUGCCCCAGCUUAAAUCCUUGCACCUGGGCAACAACCAGCUAACAACCAUCCCUUCUGGUGCACUUGCAAAUCUUUCCCAGCUACAAAAGUUGAUCCUGUCCUUCAACCAGAUAGCUACCAUAGAUUCUGGUACAUUUGCAAAUCUGCCCCAGUUACAACAGCUGAGGCUGAACGAUAACCAGAUAACUACCAUCCAUUCUGAAACAUUUGCCAGUGGUGAUGAUGAUCACCAGUAUGAAGAUAUAGACAAGCCCCGUGUUAAAACAGGGCAGGGUCAGUCUCGGGCUAUCACUAAAUCCAACACAAACACAACAGCUACAGCAAUGGCCAGUGGUGAUGAUGAUCACCAGUCUGAAGAUAUCGACAAGCCCCGUGUUAAGGCAGGUCAGGGUCAGUCUCGAGCUAUCACUGCAUCCACCACAAACACAACAGCUACUGUGAUGGCCAGUGGUGAUUCUGAUCACCAGUAUGAAGAUGUAGACAAACCACGUGUUAAAACAGGACAGGGAAGGUUGGACAAUUAA